CUGAAAGAUGUGACUUCAUCAUGUGUUUUAAUUGAAUGUUACACAUACUUCUCACUACACUUUUCCCCUACAAACUGCGUGUCACUUUGUCAUUUUUCUCCUUCCGCUCUCUCAUUUCGACUGUGCAGAAGACAGCAGCUGCUCACAAAUCUAUUAACCUACUUUACUUACAGAGCAGCCAGCACACACAAGCUUCUCAACUCAGCUCUCCUCAUCUGUGCAGGAAUGUUUAUGUCAAAAAACAUCCUUUGGAUUACCUUUGCAGCUUUUUGUGUUACCACAGCAAGUCGUGGUGUGUUUUAUCAAAAAACUGGAGACAGCGUAAAACUGGACUGUGAUAAGAGUGAGGCAGAGUGGAAACUUAACAACACCCUGGUGCUACAGCAAUACAAAUCAGGAAGACAGCGCAAAGGUAAUUUAGACACUACUAACAGGGCACGGAUAGAAGGAAAGUCGUUGAAAAUUUCCGAUUUGAGGAGCACUGACUCUGGAGAAUACACAUGCAGCUCAUUCAAGCACAUGCUGUAUGUGGCAUCAGCCCAUGUGAACCCUUCCACAGUGCUGUACUCCAGUGACACAAAGCUGAACUGUGAUAUCACUGGAAAAUUUGAAAAAAAAUUUCAAUGGAUAUCACCGAAAUCUAGAAAGUAUGACCAAAAUGAGGUGAUUGUGAAAGCUGUGACCUCAGAUGAGGAAGGAACCUGGACAUGCAACAUCAAAAAUGAAUCAGGGAAGGAUGUGAUAAAGCUAGAAGUGACCAUCAAUGUUGUUGGUCCUCUGAUCACCGAAGAGGAAGUUUCCAUUACUGAAAGGGGCAAUGCAGUGCUGCCUUGUCUUUUAUCAACUAAAAGACUGACUGUAAUGGGGGGCUCAUGGACACAUGUCAACUCCUCUGAUGCCCCUUUAGUCACAUUUAUGAGGAAAGGGGGCAGUGUUCAGUGGAAUAAAACUAAUGUCAACACAAAAGUUGAUUUUAGUGUCAAUGAGCUGCAGACAGUAUUUAAUGUGACACUGAAUAAGGUGAAUCCUGCUGAUGCUGGUGUGUAUGUGUGCAGUCUGGUGUUUGAAAAUGGAAAAUCUCUAAAUGCAAAAUUGAUGUUGAGGGUUACAAAAAACGAUGGUUCUGCUCCUGGUAUAGAUUCUAAAGAGUCUAGUGUGCUAACAAAGAUGAAGAAACCAGUACUGGGUUUGCAGUUGUGGAUCUGGAUUGUCGUGGGAGUGUGUCUCAUGUUACUGAUUGCCCUUGUUGUCGGCAUUGUACUGGUUCAUCGCAGAAACAAACGGAUGAAGAGAGAGAUUAAGAAGUCUAUGCGACGACCCAGGAAUUUUUGCACGUGUGAGAGGACUAGGAGGCAGCCUGGUAAAAGCCCAGGGAAAAGAGAACGGCCCCCACCUCUCCCCAGGCAUCAGUACAGCUCUUUAAAUGAAUAAAGUGUCAUGGAGCGAUGGACAAUAAUAGAGGAGAUAACUGUACAGGAGCGUCAAAUCUACCAGGAAAAAUGCUGAUCAUAGCUUGUUUAUUUUCAUUAUUACAUCUUCCUUUUUUCUUUUUUUUUUAACUAUUCUUUGAUUUCAAGAAUAUGGGAAUAUUUAAAUAAUCAAACAUAAGCAGAUCCUUUUCUUGUAUUUCUUUUCUUGUGUUGUAAAUAAUACUUUCCUGGAAAUAUUUUAAUGAAAUAUUAGAAUUGCAUAAUUAGAGGACUUUUAUGUUUGCUUAAUUUGAUUCAUUGUAUGUUCAAGAGUUUCUUUCUUUAACCCUAAUGAAACGUUGAAAUAAAGCAUAAACAUAUAUAUCACGCUACAUAAACCUGUAACGUGUGUGUAAAUAUGCAUGUGUUUCGUUACAUUUGCACCAGCAUGAAGUAGCAGCACUUCCCGCUUGCACUGGUUCAGAUAGUGUUAGACCUGCACAGGUGGCCAUACACACACACACACACACGGUCGAUUACACUACAACACAUGUUUUGUGGGUUAGAAAGCCAGAACCCUGUUACUCAGUCCCAGGUUUGCAGACAGAAUCCUCAGGAACUUAUCAAUGCUAUCUUACACACUCACCUACCUGCAUCAAUAUUCUAUAAGACUGCUAUCCAUUUAUUAGUCUGAAAAGUGCCUUUGUGCAUGACUUCAUGCUUU